CUUAAAAUGAUUAUACGUUUGACUGUGUUUGUACGAAUAUGAAAACUGUAUAGUUCGUAAACAAAAGAUUAUAUUUUAAAAAUUUCACCGUAAUUUGAUGAUCAAAUAAUCUCUAUUCACGAAAUACAAAUAUGUUGAUUUACGAUGUUCUACAUAAAGAAAGGGUAUACCAUUCGAUUGUCAGUGAUCUUCGUAAUUACGGAAUUAAAUAUCGCUUUAAGAAGAAUACGUUCAAAACAGAAAACUCCGAAGGGAAACGCAUUUCAAAAAAGGUCUUCAAGACAUCUUUGUUGUAUCAACCGUUGGAUGUCGUGAAUUUGUCUUCCGGUGCUAUUGUACAUGUGCCUGUUUUUGUCAGUCAAGCAUCCACAUUUUUAGAGAAGUAUAUUACCCAGGAGGGAUUAUUCAGGAAAGCCGGAUCGCAGCUUAGACAAAAGGAGUUGAUAGCUCGUUUAGAUAACGGAGGCAGUUUAGGAGAGAAACACCAUGCUAUUGAUGUAGCUAAUUGUUUAAAAACUUUCUUCAGAGACUUGCCGGAGCCGUUGAUUCCAUAUACAUAUCAUGAUUUAUUUGUACACUGCGUUAUGUUGAAAACUUACUGCGUACAAGCAUUGUUACUAGCUUGUAUCCUUUUACCGCCACAUCAUCUAAAUACUUUAGCAUUUUUCAUGGAAUUUUUAAAGAAAGUAGCAAUAUACGAGAAACAAAAUAAAAUGAGCAUUGAUAAUUUAGCAAAAGUUGUUGGUCCAAAUAUCAUGCCCUUGCAAGUAACUACUAUGUCGGCUGUACAAAUGCGUCUUGAAUUACAUUUAGUUGUCGUCAAGAUAUUAAUUGAAAAUGCAGAAAGUAUUGGUAUUUUACCAGAUCAUAUAACACAAGCUAUUUCUAUGGAAACGAUUGGCAGCACAGAUAAUGAAUUAGAUGUAUCUGAUCAUUUGCGUUCAAAAUUCAAAAGAAAGAAACACCGCAGUGGAAGUCUUACACGUAAGCCACAUCUAAGUGCCUCCAACCUCAAUCUAAGAAUGUUUAAUGGUCUAAAAAAGAUAGUUGGCAAAAAUGCAGUGUCUGAAGAUGGUAAUGUAUGUGAUGAUCAAAGAAUAUCUGAAAAUCCUAAUUCAGUGCAUAUAUCAAAUACUAAAAAACUGUUGAUGAAAGUACAGAAUCAUGUACAAGCAUUUUUGAUACUCAGACAGAACGACGUUGGAGUUCUGUUUGUGAUUCAUGUGAUUCACAAAGAACAUACAGAACAUACAGUGAUAGUUCGUCGCACUUAAAAUUAAUUUUAAAAGACAGCGAGGUAUCAAACGAACUCAAAGAAUACAAUAACAUGUUUGGUGAUGUAGAUGUUAAUUUAUCAGACGAUAAUGACGAGCAGGACUUGUUAACAAAAAAUGAUAUUAAAUCUAGUGAAUGGCAUACGCAAUUAAAUUCAAGUUCACGAGAUGACUUAGACAAUUACGAUGAAAGAUGUACCUUUCCAUUGAAACGAAGAUUAACUGUAAAUAAUUUUGAAACAUAUUCACACGUUCAAGUCACAUCUGUGGAUAAUCAAUCGGAGGAAUAUGUUACAAUACCUAAAAGCGAGUAUGAAGAAAUUAAAAAUAGAGUUUCAGCAAUUGAGUCUCGCCUUUCUCAAGAAUUGAAAUGUGUAAAUAAUGAAAACAAUGAGGAGAAUGAUUUAUUACUACAUUCUGUAAAAAAAGUACAAACUGCGUAUGAAAAGACAUUGGAAGAAUCUAGUAUUGAAACUACAGUAUCAACAGACUAUUUAGCUAAAAAACUUGGUAAAGAACUUAAAAUUAGGAGAUCAGAUGAACAUAAAAUUAUCAGAUCUCCAAGCGCUCGAAAAAUAGGAAGUUUAAGAAGGAGGUCACAGGAAAGAAUGAUGAGUAAACGUGUGAGACGAACUGCUUCGUGGCACAUUUCUCGAGGUUCAGACUUACAAUCUAAUCAAGACUUGAGUAAUGCCAACUCCUAUAACGAGAAAACACUUUUAUUGAAUUAUACAAAAGACAAUGAUUACUUACGACCUAUAUCUACUUCUCUUUGGGAAGAAGAAAAAAAUAAUAUAAUGUUAAACAAUGUAAGCGAUGAGUUAAAAAAUUCAAAAAAAUUCAGUCAGAGUUCCCUUCAAUCGGUCAAAGAUCGAACACAUACAGCAGUACGUCGAGUAUCAUCUUUCCAUGGUAAUGAAUUUGCAAACACAGCCAUGUAUCCCAAUGAUAAAGUUGAAAAACUAAAAAAGACGAACAGCCAACAAAACAUGAGUUUCAAUACUACGUCUACGAAUAAGUUAAAUUCAAAAUCCGAAGCAAAAAAGAAAACAGUCAUGUCCUGGAAGGAUGCAGAUGGAUAUUUCAAAUCGACAAACCAAACGAAUACUCCAGUUACUCAAACUGGUCGCGCGUCGAUCGCGAAACUGAGAACACAGAAUGCAGGAAUGGUAUUGGCCAAAGCGAAAUUGUUUGAUGAAUGUACGGCAAAAACAUAUUCCCAAAAUGCAUCUAUGAACAAGAAAAAUGAUUUGCCUAGUACAGAGAAUGAUCAGUACACCAAUACUAUAAAGCAAAAUUGUGAAGGGAUGGAAUUAUAUCGGAGAUCAAGCAAAAAUAUAAAAAACAGAAAUUCAAAAACAGUAUUAAAACAUAUUCCUUCUUGUAGUUUGAUGGAAAUCGAAAGCAAGAAAGAGGAUAUUGAAAUGUGUCGCAAUAUUCCCAGAGAUUCUAUGAUGCGCAAUACGGCCAGCCAUCAAAAAGAAAAUAAAACAUCACCUAAAGUACCUAUAAAUACAAUGUUGCAAGACUCUAGAUUAACUGUUCAUAAAGUUGAUAAUAAUUCGUUGUGCAAAACUCCUCAUAUUAAAAAACCAUUGACUGUAAAGACACCUAGGAGCGGCAAGGCAUUGGUGAGAAGACCCCUGGUGGAUUCUCGCAGGACACCUCUAAAAGCAGUUAGUCAAUUAGGAACUCCAAAAUAUCAGAGUCCUAAAAGUAUUUUGAAGACACCGAGAAAUUAGUUCAAGGUACAAAUUUAUUAGAGAUGUGUUCAAGAAAAUCUCCCUUGCAAUACUUUCAAUUAUAAAUUGAUAAGAGUACUAUUGCAUUAACAUUGCAUUGCAUUAGCUUAGAACGUCAAGUCAGUCAAAGUUUAGAGAAAAACUAUAUUUUCAUAACAAUAUUUUUUAUUAGUAGUAUUUUUAUGAAUGAAACAGAUUGUCAUGACUAUAUAGAAGAAUAUAUUAAAUAUAUUACAUAAAAGUAUGUGAUGAAUAUACUUAGGAG